GCGCACGCGCAGGGGCGGGUUUUUUCCUCCCGUGAUGCUCCGCGGCGCGGGCGAUUUGUAGCUAAUGGCGGGCGCUUGGUCCUCGGAUUGUUGUGAAGGAUGUUCCUCUACUAGCUGUACGUGUGGCCACAAGAGCAAGUGGGGUGACUCCUCCCCGUUAGGCAGGCGGCUCUCGGAAGACUCGAGCCGCCACCAGCUGCUGCAGAAGUGGGCGAGCAUGUGGAGCUCCGUGAGCGGAGACGCAUCGGCGGCCUGCCCUGAAAGGAAGCGGCGCGAGGAGGCUGCGGAGCCGGCGGAGGAGGACAGGCCGCUGGUGUUUUUGUGCUCGAGCUGCCGGCGGCCGCUGGGAGACUCGCUGAGCUGGGUGGCGAGCCAGGAAGACACCAACUGCAUCUUGCUGCGCUGUGUUACCUGUAAUGUUUCUGUGAAUGAGGAACAGAUAUUAUCCAAACGUAAAAAUGAAAAUGGUUGCAUCCUGGAGACUUUGUACUGCACAGGAUGUUCGCUCAACCUCGGCUACCUGUACAGGUGCACACCCAAGGAUCUAGACUACAAGAGGGACUUGUUCUGCCUUAGUGUUGAAGCCAUUGAAAGUUAUGUUUUAGGGUCAUCUGAAAGGCAAAUUGUGUCAGAAGACAAAGAGCUUUUUAAUCUUGAAAGUAGAGUUGAAAUAGAAAAAUCUCUAAAGCAGAUGGAAGAUGUUUUGAAAGCCUUGCAAACAAAGCUUUGGGAGGUCGAAUCAAAACUGUCCUUUACCAAUUGUAAAAGCUGAAUUGGUUCCAAGGCCCACAUUCUGCAGUCCUCUGCUGAUGGAGAGUUAUUUCAUAUGUAGCAAUUCUUAUUAUAAUAUCCUUCACUUAGAACUGAAAGAAUUGGAAACGGUCAUGUACAUUGUAUCCUCUUGUACUGAUCAGCUGGUCAAAUGAGAAGAACUGUAGAACUUUUCUGGCUGUGUUUGAUGGUAAAGAAGUGAUUGUUUCCUAAACUCCAGUUUUAAAGUCAUGAUAAUUGCUGGAAUUUAAGAGUUGUUGUUUUGGUAACAAACUGCUAUAAUUUUUUGAAUGGUUUUCUCCUCUGUACCAGAUUCGUUAUUUUUUAUGUCCUAUUAACUAUGUUUCACUUUUAAUAGUUUGAGCACUGUUUAGUAUUGAGUGCUUAGAAAAUAGAGGUUUUUCCAUCCACUGUGUGGUUGAAUCUUUGAAAACUAAUGAAUACAACUUUUCUGGAGAAA